GUUAACAUUUGUCGGCGCAGGGCUUUGAAUGCGAGUAUUACACAUAUUUUUUUUUUCAUUUUUUGCACAAUUUAUUAAAGAAAAUCGUAUAAAAUUGCAAGUUUUUAUAUUUAAACUGUUAAAAAAUUAUUAAAUUUUUGUACAAAAAAAUGUCUCUAAACAAUGGUUUAUCUAUAGCAGUGGUUUGUUCUUCAAAUAUGAAUCGUUCAAUGGAGGCUCAUAAUUUUUUAGCCAAAAAAGGUUACAAUGUACGUUCCUUUGGCACUGGUGAACGUGUUAAACUGCCCGGUACUGCUAUAGAUAAACCCAAUGUCUAUGAAUUUGGCACUCCCUACGAUACCAUAUACAAUGAUCUAGUUAGUAAAGAUAAACAAUACUACACCCAAAAUGGUCUACUGCACAUGUUGGAUCGUAAUCGUCGCAUUAAGAAAUGUCCCGAACGUUUUCAAGACUGUCGCGAACAAUUCGAUAUUAUUGUUACCGUAGAGGAGCGAGUAUACGAUCAAGUUUUAGAAAAUAUGGAAUCCCGUGAUGUGGUCGACAAUCGUCCUGUGCAUAUAUUCAAUGUAGAUAUUGAGGAUAAUCAUGAGGAGGCUUUAAUGGGUGCUUUUCUCAUAACGGAUAUGAUAAAUAUGAUGUCCAAAUCUAGUGAUUUAGAUAAUGAUAUUGAUGAACUUUUACAGGAAUUCGAAUCGAGACGCAAUAAAACUGUUUUACAUUCAGUACUUUUUUACUGACACCCCUCCCACUCCUUGAAGUGUCGUUACUUUUUAUAUAAUAAUUUAUACUUUAUAAUUUAAAAUUGACAAACAGACUUUAAAACUAAACAGAUAAACAAAUAUAAAACAACAACAACAACAA